UCUGAGAAACACGACGUCGACGUCUCUGCCACAGAAUGAAUGAUGAUGUGCAUUUGAGACUUGAUGCAGCGUUCUCCCUUGAAUUGGCCUGCCGACCGCCCCCUCGUGCCCUUUUGGGGACUUAUGCAGUUAAAUCAGCUUGAACGCCGCCUUUCCAGGCUGUGCGUCCGUCCCUCCCUCUGACCCACACUGUGUCGUAUGGUUUCUCGAUACGAGUUCACACUAACGCCGAUCUGCCAAUGUGCGGAGAGCAGAAUAAUUUGACUACUUUUGAACUCCCUGCAAGUACGUGGGCCCCUGUACUUCGAGAGAGAUGCGUCAAGCAUUUGCAGUACCUCUUCUUUUAAGUACAACCGUCUUUUGCCAGCAGAUUUGGGACAUCUGGCAAACAACUUGGGACAGAUCUAAGCUCUUCACAUCGCUUGCACUUUCCACACCGAUAAACUUUCAGUCUCCCGGUAGCAUCGGAAGCGCAGAUAUUGUCGUAAAUGACACAUCCACAUACCAGUCCGUCUGGGGGUUCGGUGGAUCACUCACUGAUUCAUCUGCGCUGAUACUGAAUAACUUGAAGUCUACAAAUUCCACCAAUUACUGGACACUUAUGAAAUAUCUCUUUGACGCCACGGACGGUGCAAACGCUGCAGGUUUGAAUUAUAUUCGUGUUCCUCUGGGUGCAUCCGAUUUCUCUGCAAGCCAAUACAGCUUCGAUGAUUCGAGCGGUGACACCUCCUUCGCCAAAUUCAACAUUGAUGCAGCGCCAUCAUAUUUGUUCUCUGUCCUCAAAGAUAUAAUCUCCAUUAAUAGCCUCGUAAAGGUGCAUGUCCUUCCUUGGUCUCCGCCAGGAUGGAUGAAAGAUAGUGGAACGAUGAACGGGGGAACCCUCAAUUCGACUCUGGUUACUAAGUAUGCGACUUACCUUCUCAAAUGUCUGCAAGGAUUCCAGUCCAAAGGCCUACCGGUUUACGCCAUAUCGAUACAGAAUGAGCCCGAAAACAAUUUAAACGCAUCUCCAACGGCUACUUUACCUGCGGUUACCGAGGGACGAAUCGGGACGGCUUUGAGGGCGCUGAUGGAUAACUUUGGCUUCGAAGCGGUGAAGCUCAUCGGGUGGGAUCAUAACUGGGACGGCGCUGGAGGCUAUGCUAUCGAUCUUAUGGAAGCAGCAGGUGACGCCUUCGAUGGUGUUGCUUUCCACUGUUAUGCGGGAAAUGUUACGGAACAGGACACGUUCCACACUCAAUACCCUGACAAAGAGAUCUAUUUCACCGAAUGUACCGGAAGUCUUGGCAGUGACUGGUGGAGCGAUAUCAAAUGGUACAUGGACAACAUUUUCAUAGGUGCAAUAGAGCACAACUCUCACUCCGGCCUCAUGUGGAAUAUCGCUUUGGAUGGUAACGGCGAACCUAGAUACCCUGGGACGACCAGCUGCAGCGAAGGUUGUCGGGCUAUCGUUCAAGUCAAUUCCGAUGGAACAUACAGUGUUAAUCAGGAAUUCUACGCGAUGGCCCAAGCGUCUAAAGCCAUUGUCCCCAAGGACAAAGGUGGCCCGUUCGGUAAACGUGUCAAAGUGAGCGUUGGUGGCGAUUUGAGCUGGACUCUUCGUGUUGGCGCGUACGUUACAGGAAGAGCCUCGUCAUCAGACUGGUUGAGAUAUUCCCUAGUUGUGUUGAAUUGGUAUGAUCACCCUAAUGGCUCGUGGAGUCCUCAACCUGUCAAGACCACCAUAGAAUUCAGAGGCAUGCAGGCCCAGUAUACCUUUCCUGUCGGAGUCACAACUUUGUGGUGGUACGGUAUGUGCGAUGUUGCCACGUUGGCUCCUCUUUCUGAGGAUACCGUUUACUGAAUACUAUCCAGGAUCCCCUCAGUCAUCGUUGGUGCAAGAUCCAUUGGAGGUCUAUGUACAAACUGGACAGAAUGAGCCAGAGAUGUUCAAGAUGUCUCCGGAACGAGACGAGUUGUGAAUGUAGCAAAUACUAUAUGAGCUUCGAAUGUAUGUUAGUAAAGUCUAAUUAG